UUUGAUAGAGCAACAUUGCCCACUUCAGGCCGACAGCAGACUAAUCUCUGAGCCGUGACCGGGAAUUACACAACUUCUAGAAAAGUCUAAAACCACAGGGCAUUCUUCCAGAGUGAAUCACAGUGUCAACACCACCGUGAGGUAUAAAUACCUACAGGGGCACACUCCCGCUACGUUUCAUCUGUUGAGAAGAGGCAGGAUCGGAAGGGAGGUUAACUCAGAGCCAUUGGAAGAGAGGGAUUGCGUGUGCGGUUUGGUUCCUGUGAAGGACGGUAAGAUGAGGCUUGCCUGGUCUCUCCUGGGCCUCUGCCUGCUGUAUUACUCUGCAGACGCCCUGCUGCCCCCGUCCAAAGAGGAGCUAAACCAGAUUUCACUGUUGGGUGAGAAGUACCUGGACAGGCAGAUUGAGAAUGCUAUCACAGGGGUGAAAGAGAUGAAGACUGUGAUGGAGAGAUCUGGAGAGGACCACAAAAAAUUUCUGAAUGCUCUGGAGAAAACCAAACAGCAGAAAGAGACCGCAAUGAAGACGGCACAGGAGAUGGAGGCCAAGCUUGCGGAGGAGGAGGAGGUGUGCAACGAGACCAUGCAGGCCUUGUGGGAGGAGUGCAAGCCUUGUCUGAAGAACACCUGCAUCAAGUAUUACUCCAGGACCUGCAGCAGCGGCUCCGGCUUGGUGGGGAGACAGCUGGAAGAGGUCUUAAACAGGAGCUCUCCCUUCUCCAUCUGGAUCAAUGGCGAGAACAUAGACGUGCUGGAGAGACAGGACCAGGAGCAGAACCAGAGGUUCCAGGACCUGGAGGAGCGAUACUCAGAGGUGGCGGACGGCGUGGACAGCAUCUUCCUGGACAGCAUGAAGGUGUUCGACCACAUGCGCUCCUUCCACCAGCCCAUGUUCUCCAGCCCCUUCAUGAUGCACCGUUACUUCGGCUCGAGUGAGCCGCGCCCCCGUCCCUACAGGUCUGUCCUGCGGGACCCCGAGUUCCACGGCUUCCACAACAUGUUUCAGCCCAUGAUGGACAUGGCCCGCAGCCUCUUCGGCUCGCUGGGACCUUACAUGGGCAGUGAUCCAGACUUUGACUCCAUUCCCAAUGAAGAUGGAGCUGUGAAUGAGGACGUUGUCAUUACCAGGCCUUUCGGGAAGGAUCACAUGACCUGCAGAGAAAUUCGUCGCAACUCUGCUGGCUGCAUCAAACUGCGAGAGGAGUGUGAAAAAUGCAAAGAGAUUCAGUCUAUUGACUGCUCAGGGAAGAAGCCCUUGGACGGCAAGCUGAAGGAAGACCUGGAGAGUGCGCUGGCCAUGGCCGAGAAGUUCACCCAGGAGUACAACGGCCUCCUGAGGAGGUUUGAGGAGGAGAUGUUCAACACCUCCAGCUUGCUCGACAUGCUGAACAAACAGUUCGGCUGGGUGUCCGCGCUGGCCAACAACACGAAGAGUGAGGACGGAAUCUUCAAGAUUAAAACGGUGAUUUGCAAGAGUUCUGAAGACGCUCAGCAGACAGGGGACACCAACGUGUCUGUCCAGCUGUUCGACUCGCCCCCCAUGACCUUCACAGUACCCGGUGACAUCCCCUGGAGUGAUCCCAAAUUCUCUGAGGUGGUGGCACAGGAGGCUCUCGAUCGCUACAAGCAGAACACUAUAGUUGUGAAGUAAACCAUGGCAUAUUUUCCAGACUGCAUUACCAGCCUUUGAAGCAUCCUCUGCACUGUUUCACAAGUCAUUAAUAACUAAUAUUUGUGAAUCCCCUGUAAUAAUUACCGUAACAAGUCAUUUCCCUAAUUUAGAAAUGUUUUGCUUCCACCUCAAGUCCUUCCUGCUGUAACAUUCCAGAUUAGCACUGGGUGAAAUCUUCUCAGUUGUGUGGCAAUGGAGAAAAAGAAAGAAAAAGUAGCUGUUCAAAGAGUAAAGAAUAAAGAGCCACUGUUUAUUUGAGCCCCUGACUAGUUCAGCUCAUCUUACCUAACUUUGCUAUACUACUGUUUUGCUUUAUAGAUCUAUUCUGUCAGAGUGGGUGGAUGAAAAAGAAAAAAAAGUUUUUACCUGAAAUUCUGGUAUAAAUUGGAACGGAUUGUUUUGAAUGUUCCCGCAUAUCCUCACAGCUACAAACCGUGUUGCAGAAAUUAAUAAAAUAUACAGAAUACUAAAAGCCCCAGCCAUUGUUUUUGACAAUUUCU